GGCUGUGUACUCAACAAUUUUAGUUAUAAUCGAACAAUUCACAUGUGGUUAAGGUGCACAUUCUCAGCUUUUAUUUAAGGGCAUUCUUUAUACAUUUUGGUUUCACCAUGUAGAAAUUACAGCACUUUUUAUAAAUAGUCCCCCCAUUUUGGGGCGUGAUAAUGUUUAGGACAAAUGGCGUCACAGGUGUUUCUGAUUAGUCAGGUGUGGUAAAUUGUUCCUUUAGUGCAGGUAUAAGUGAGUUUUCAGUAUCUAGUUUUUAUUAUAGCAUUUCGAUUAUUUUUGGAGUCUCUUCUUGGUGUUUGUCAACAUGAGGACUGGAGCUGUGCCAAUGAAAGUCAAGGAGGCCAUUAGGAAGCUGAGAAAUAAACAGUCAGAGACAUAGGCUAAACUUUAGACUUACCAAAACCAACUGUUUGGAACAUAAUUGAGAAGAAAGAUGACACUGGUGAGCUCAGUAAUCACAAAGGGCCUGCUAGGCCAAGGAAGACCUCUACAAUUGAUGGCUGAAGUAUUCUCACCAUGAUGAAGAAAAACGCCUGUCCGAACAAUUGGAAACACUGUUCCGGGGAAUGUAAAUGACUGGAUCUGUCAGUGACUACUGUCAACAGUAGACUUCACAAACAGAAAUACAGUGGCUACGAUGUACCUAAAAAAGCCUGCAGAGUUCUGGAAAAAGUGGAUAAAUUAGACCAAUAUUCACUUGUGAAUAUUGGUCUAAUUCAGAGUGAUGGCAAGAGCGAAGUGUGGAGGCCAAAAGGAACUGCCCAAGACCCCCCCGCCCCACCCUUAUCUGUGAAAUGUGGCGUUAUGGUUUGGACAUGUAUGGCUGCCACAGGUGCUGGCUCACUUGACUUCACUGGUGAUGUAACUGCAGAUAACCGUAGCAGAAUUAAUUCUGAAGUGUACAGAAGCAUCUUGUCUGCUCAAGUUCAACCAAAUGCCUCCAUAUUUAUUGUAUUCUAUUCACCAUAGAAGUCUUGGCUUACCAGUCUCUUUGUAUACUCACCAGUGCUCUCUUAAUGAUGUUCCAAACAGUUGGUUUUGGUAAGCCUAAGGUUUGUCCUCUAUCUCUGACUCUUCUUAUUUCUCAGCCUCAUAAUAGCUUCCUUGACAUUCAUCAGCACAACUCUGGUCCUCAUGUUAACAAACACCAAUAACAGACUCCCAAGGCAAUCAAAAGGCUAGAAUCAAAACAAGGUACUGAAAGCUCUCUUUCCUGCACUAAGGAAGCAAUUGAACACACCUGACUAAUCAAAUACCUGUGAUGCCAUUUGUCCCAAACAUCAUGGUGCCCUGAAAUGGGACCAUUUAUAAAAAGUGUGGUUUGGUUACAUGCUCAAACCAAAAUUUAUUAAAAUAUCCUUAAAUAAAAGCUGAGUGUGCAUUUUAACUGUAUGUGAAUUGUUUGAUUAUAAAUCCAAAACUGUAGAGAACAGAGCCCAAUAAAAUAUAUGUCUUUGUCCCAAUCAUGGCAUUCACUGUAUAUUGAAUGUUUUGACAUAUUUUACCAUAAAUUAACAAAUGCCCAACUGAUAUUUGCAUUGUAAUUGUAAUGUAGAAAUGUAGAUAAUGUAGAAUACUUCUACUGUGUUUAUCAUUCAAGUAGUCCUAUUUAUUGUGUUGCCGUCACCCAACCGAUGUGCAAGCAUGAGUGAUGAAUGAAGUCUUUUCAGUAAUUGCACAGGCGAGUGUAAAUGUGUGCGCUCAGAUGAUGCUGAUCUCAUCUGGCAGCCCUGUUUUCACUCGUCCCUCACCUGCCUUCACCUCCCAGGCAGGGUGGGGCUAGCAACCAGGACUCUGCCUGUUGCUCCUCGGUUUCUCACAGAGCGAGAGAGAGAGAGAGAGAGCGCAUCACUCGCGACCAGUGCUCUACAUGCACUCUCAUAGCAGACUUUUCAGACUUCGCUGAAGCCCCAACCGGUCAUGAACCUGGAAAGCGGUGGCCUCAUGGUGGAGUGGUACCUGAGGUCCAGACAGGUAGGCAAGGUGAGGCGACGGGUGCAGGAGAUGCGGUACCCCUCGGCCACGACGGCGAAAAUGGACCUGAGCCACAACGAGAGCGCCAGGCUGGCCACCGACGCCCUGCUGGACCGAGGCCUCGCAGCCUAUCGGGAAGCGCUGGCCGGCGAAGGGGAGGUGGACUUCCUGUCUGAGGAGGAGAAAGCUUACAUCCUGGGGAACGCCAGGGACCUGACGGACAGCGGCCGCCGCUGUGAGGUCGAGGAAGAGCAGGAGACCGUGUCCUCCCCUUCGGGGUCCUCCGAGAUGUACCUCCCGUUCCACUCGGAGAGCGAGCCGCCGGGCCUGGACUACGGAUGGCCUGUGGCCGACUGGGGCUAUCACCUGCAGGGCAAGCCCAGAGUAGAUGUGUACUUUCAGUCUGACAGAUCCUCCAGAUUUAAAGAUCUGCUGAGAGAGUACAUCAACAAAGCCACUACGCUUCUGGCAAUUGUGAUGGAUACCUUCACGGACGUGGAGAUCCUCUGUGACAUCCUGGAGGCCACGAGGAAGCGCAGAGUGUCCGUAUACCUCCUGCUGGACCACGUCAACCUGCACCUCUUUGUGGAGAUGUGCGAGAGCCUGCGCAUAAGCAGCUCUCAUCUUAAUAAGAUGUCAAUUCGUAGUGUUCAAGGAGCGACGUACUGUGCGAAAUCUGGGAGGAAAUUCACCGGUCAGAUUAAAGAGAAGUUUGUCAUCAUCGACUGUACUCACGCCCUUACGGGUUCAUUCAGCUUCACCUGGCUGUCCUGGCAGGUCCACAGGAGCAUGCUCGUGCUCAUCAAGGGCAGCGGCAUCAAGCCCUUCGACCUGGAGUUCCGCCGGCUCUACGCCACCUCCAAGCCCGUGCCAGAGUUCCCCAACAGGGUUCCCCCGCCGGACGUCGUCCAGCCCCCGGGCCGCAGAGCGCAGCCACGCCCAGUGCACCCGCCCCCUGCUGCAGCUACCCCCGUGCAGGCUGACCAUACCUUACCUCAGCACGUAGCCCCACCCAGGCCGCGCGACGCCAGACCCACACCCGUGCCUGCGCCCCAGAAGAGCUACACGCAAGCAGCCAGAGCGCAGUACAUCCGCCGAAUGCAGCCCGUAAGCCAGCCCGUCGUCCAUCUGAGGUCUCUAAAUGACAACACUGCUGGGAACCUGGGCUGGCGCUUGAGGAACAUCUACGGAGGGGCACUUGGAAGGUCGAAUGGCCAGUUUCUGAGAUCAACCAUUGGUUACUCCUCCUUCAAUAAACCGGACACCAAACCACAGUGACCAUGUUCAUGAUUGAAACUAAGCAACCCAUGAGUUUCCAGCCUUUCACUUAGUGCCAAAUGCAAAUGUUAAUUUUACUAAAUUAAAAAUUAAGUGUUUUACAAACAAAGAUGUGUUCAUUUUAGAAAUUAAGGAAGGUAUCAAAAUUAUUGCUUAUGUCUAGACUGACCAUUUUGGUUCAAUGAAACCUUCAAAGCACUGAAGUUUCACUCAAAUUCUUUUACUUAUUUUAGAUGUCAUGAAGAGAAUGUUUUUGGAUAUUAUCUGUAUAUUAAUGUGAAAGCAAAAAAGGGAUAUAGCAUUAAAAGAAUUAAGAUUUUGACAUUCAUCUGAACUGGAAUAAAAAUGAUUUAAACCUCA